CUCGCUUCCCAUUGGUCAGGCUCCGCUCGGUGUUUAUUUCCGGAAGUGAGUGAGUUGUCAGUGACAGACUUUCCAGACAACCAAAGCGUUAAUCUGCGGCGGCGCAUUGACAGCCUUCCCUCUGUAGGUGUGAUCCUGUCCCCAGAAUGGCCCACUGGUUUCACAGAAACCCCCUGAAGGCAACGGCGCCGGUGUCCUUUAACUUCUACGGUGUGGCAGGAAGCCCAGCGGCCAACAAGAUCUGCAAUGACCUGAGGACCACCAGAGCGAGGCUGCUGGAGAUGUUCACUGAUUCCACCUGCACCCCAGAGACCAUGAAGAACGCCUCGGAUGCAUACUUCUCUCUGCUGCAAGGCUUCAUCACGUCCCUGGAUGGAACCACACAGGAGAACAAGAUGAGGUUCAUCCAGAACUUCAAGUGGACCGACACCUUACAAGGAAACAUGGCAAGUGCUCAGCAGGACGCUGUCUUUGAACUGGCAUCUAUGGCCUUCAACGUAGCCAUCUGGUACACCAAGUUCGCCUCAAGACUCACCGGGAAGGAAAACAUAACAGAGCCUGAAGCCAAGGAUGUUCACAAGAGCCUGAAGGUCGCUGCUGGAAUAUUCAAAACUCUCAAGGAGGUCCACAUUCCUCGCCUCAUCACCCCCGCUGAAAAGGGCAGAGACUUGGAGCCCAGAGUGAUUGAUGCGUAUAUCAUCCAGUGCCAAGCUGAGGCACAAGAAGUGACGAUUGCCAGAGCCAUCGAGCUGAAGCACAACGCCUCACUGAUUGCAGCUUUGUCUUUUGAAACGGCAAACUUCUAUCAGAAAGCAGACCACACACUGAACACCCUGGAGCCAGAAUACAGCAGCAAGUGGAGGAAGUACCUGCAGCUGAAGCAGUACUUUUACAUGGCUUAUGCGUUCUGCUACCACGGCCAGACUCUGCUGGCCAGCGACAAAUGUGGAGAGGCUAUAAGAUCCCUACAGGAGGCCGAAAAAUGCUACUCCCGCGCGGAGGCGCUCUGUAAAGAGUACCGUCAGACCAAAGGCCCCGGCACCACGGCCAAGCCGUCGGAGCAGCUGUUCUUCCUCAAACUGGGCGCCCUCAUUAAAAGCACGCUGGAGAAGUGCCAGAGAGAGAACGGCUUCAUAUACUUCCAUAAAAUCCCCGCAGAGCCUCCCCAGCUGGAGCUGAAGGCCAGCUACGGCCUGGCCGAGCCGGUCCCCUUCGAGCUGCCGCCUCUCAGCGAGCAGUGCACUGCUGAGGUCUACGCCACCUUCGACCUGACCAAGGGAGCUAAGAAUGACAAGGCCAAACCCAAGGAGGAGGAGGUUAAGCCGAUGAAGGAGCCUGAUCUGAAGCCCCAGAAGGACACAGGCUGCGUCGUCUCCUAAACCCUCCCUCUUUGACAGCUCCGCGCUGAAGUAUCAGCCUUUAUAAAGACAGCAUCUGUUUAUCUUCCUCCAUAGGAGACUUUUAUUUCUCUGUUAAUCCAUGGUGUUUUACAUACAUGCUGAAACGUGUACAUUAUAUUUGGAGAUGAUCCACUACCAUGACAAUCUAAAGUCUGUCUGCUACUCGUGGUGAACCAGGCAGGCCAUAAAUCCACUCCCACCUAAAAAAAAAAACAUCCCAUAUCAUCUGAUUCUUUCUUAUCUACUGGGGUUAUAGUUUAUUGUUUAGAUUUGAACAAAUCUAACCAGAUAGUUGUUUUCAAACUACUGCAGCACUUCACACUGUCCACAGCGGUUAAUUCUCUAAACCAGAUAAAAUCCAAACAUGAGUGGAAAAACAUCCCUGGUCCUGGUUGCUACAGAGCAGCUGAGCGUUAAGAUGGAAACACAACCGAAGCUGAUGCCUUCUGUUCGGUAACCAGUAUAAUAAUGAAAAGAAUCCAGAAUUUCAAUCUUAAGGAAAGCACUUAUUGCACUGCAGACAGCGUAUGUAUGGAACAUUAAGCACUACACAUGUAGCUCAUCCUGAAGAAAAACAAUCCUCAGCACCACCUGAUCACAGUCAGACUAUAUGAGCUGGCUGUUUCCUUUCCAAUCCGCAACAAUCAUUUAUAAUAAUAGGAAAUCCAGACAUGCAGUGGACAGACGCUGGACUGUGUGUUGGUGGCUGAUCGGAUUUUUUUUUUAGUCGUUUACAAUCUGUUUGUAUUAGAUCUCUUUUUCUAUUUGACAUGAAAUGGUUGUUUUCUACAUGUUCUUUUCCUUAAAGGACAAAUUAUUAUUAUUGCUGGAUUAUUAUUGGUAUCAUUUUGCAGUGAUGACACAACUCCGACAAAGUGUCUGUUUAGGAUCCCUCGUUUGUUUUGCUUCUGUGUUGAUUGUAAUAAUAAGAACCCAUUCAGGUAGCGUUAAACCGUUAAUCCCCGACAUUUUCUGUCCAACUGAGCUUAAAAUUGUGAACUUUUUGUCAAAAGAUGACCCCUCCCCCGCCUGUUGAUACACACUGCUGGCCAGCUGACUGAAAGGAGGCUACUACUGUUUCCCUUCACUUAG